AUGGCGCCCAUUGAUCAGACCAGCUAUGAGCAUUACCUUGUUGCUCGUCAAGCUGUGCAAGAUGACGUGACCAAUCGACUGACACCUACCGACGAUCAACGCAUAACCCUCAUUAUCAUUGGUGUCUAUGUGGCAGCUAUUCUUAUACUUUGGAACAUGCCUAUUAUCAAACACGUCUUGGCUCCCUUCAAGCUCUUGACCGUUGGCUUACACGAAUUCUCACAUGCUAUUGUUGGAUGUUUGACCUGUGGACGUAUUGAAGGAUUGGAAAUUGACCCUAAUGAAGGUGGUGUCACGCAUAUUCGUGGUGGUAUCCCGAUGUGUACGUUGCCUGCUGGUUACCUUGGUUCAUCACUUAUAGGUGCCAUCCUUGUCAUGUGUGGAUUUGACGUUUUGGCUUCCAAAGUAGCUUCCAUCUUUUUGGGCGUGUGUCUACUAUUCACUCUGUGGUGGGCCAAAAACUGGUUGACGCGUGGUAUUGGAUUGCUAUUCAUUGGCUUGAUCGUUUUGCUAUGGCUCGUGGCCAAUGGUGUUGGUCUCAAGUACUUUGUAUUGUUUGUCGGUGUCAUGUCAUGUCUCUAUUGUCUUUGGGAUAUCAUCGAUGAUCUUGUUUUCCGCAAAGUGCAUGAAUCAGACGCGUCCAAGUUUGCCAAAAUGUGUGGUGGAUGCAUGUCAAGUAGAGUAUGGGGUGCCUUGUGGUUCAUGAUCAGCUUGAUUUUCUUUGUGGCCGGUAUCUUGAUUGGAUUAGCAGCCUUCAAGGGCGAUCAACAACAGCAACAACAAAACCCAGGUUUCUAA